CUAUUACAAUAAUUGGCAUGUUAUGCAACUGUCAUCUGUCAAAUUUUCUGACACUUGAUUUUAAUAUUUCUUUAAUCUUUUCAUUACGAAAAUUUAUAAAUUUGGAAAUAUUAUAAAAUGUUUUUAAAUUCCUUAUUUCAGAGACUUCCAAUAAGGGACAUAUUGAGUCGUUCGAUAAACACUGCAUCCGUCCUCAAUAUUCAUGCAACUCCGGCACUAUGUGCGGAACCUCUAAAGAAAAAACGAAAGAUUGAUCCACAAAUCAUCAAACAACGUGAAGACAGAAAAAAGAAAAAAAUCGAAAAACAAAUCCGACGAUUGGAGAAAAAUGCAAGACAACUUAAACCAAUUGAAGAAUUGGAUAUACCAAUCGAAUUAAUUGAUGAAAAAAGUCAACGAGCAAGAGCUAUUACAAUAGCUCCUGAAGUCUUAGAGCAAAGAGUUUCUUUGAACAAGCAAUGGGCAGCAUAUAAACAUAAAGAAAAAGUUGCCGAUUUUCAAAUAAUCGAUCGGGUUCUGCAAUCCCAAAUGAAAGCCUUAGAUGAGUUACGUAAGGAAUCGGAAGAGCUUUAUCUUGAAGCAAUACAACCUGAUAAUCAGUUACUUCCCAUAAGCAUAAAGGGACCCGUGGCAACGCCUCCCAUUGAAAAUUAUCCAAGUCCGGAUGGAGAAUAUAUCCACUUGACUAAGAAUUGGGAAUAAUAAUUCUGUGAGUUUGUUGAGUUUGUAUAUUAAAUUAGAAAAAACACGUUAAUAAACAAUCUUUAAAGAUAUUUAAA